AUGCCUUCGCGAACUCGAGUACGAAAGCCAGACCCGCUGCCGUAUCCCACGCGGCCCUAUCUGGCCUUGGGCCUGGAAGGCAGUGCGAACAAGCUCGGCGCUGGAAUCGUUCUGCACAAGCCUUUCGACCCUUCGGCACCGUCGUCUUCGUCGUCCUCACCCUCUUCUAUCUCCUCCCGCUCAGUAGGACAGGUCGAGAUUCUCUCCAAUGUGCGACACACCUACGUCACGCCCCCUGGCUCCGGCUUCCAGCCCAGCGACACCGCCAAACAUCACAAGGAGUGGAUCAUCCGCGUCAUCUCCGAAGCCGUGCGCCGCUCAGGACUCGAGUCGCUCGCCGAAGUCGACUGCAUUUGCUACACCAAAGGCCCUGGGAUGGGUGCUCCUCUCCAGAGCGUCGCCAUAGUAGCAAGGACGCUCGCGCUCAUGUACAAGAAGCCGCUUGUCGGCGUCAACCACUGCGUAGGCCACAUCGAGAUGGGAAGGACCAUCACUGGAGCGCACAAUCCCGUCGUCCUCUACGUGUCCGGCGGCAACACCCAGGUGAUCGCAUACUCGGCACAGAGGUACCGCAUCUUUGGCGAGACGCUCGACAUCGCCGUUGGCAAUUGCUUGGAUCGCUUCGCUCGAGUCAUCGGACUCAGCAACGAUCCGAGUCCAGGCCAGAACAUCGAGAAGGAGGCUAGGCGUGGCACCAGGCUCGUACCCCUCCCCUACACCACCAAGGGAAUGGACGUUAGUCUUGCCGGAAUUCUGAGUGCCACCGAGGCAUAUACACGCGAUAAGCGCUUCAAGCCCAACGUCGACUCGAGCGCAGACGCCGGCUUGCCUGUCGGCAGUCUUGCCAACGGCGAAGUGUGGACGGGCGAGGGAGGCGGAAAGCACAUCGUGAACAUGGCGGAAGGAUCUGCACCUGAUGCUGAGGCGCAGAACAAGGGCGACGAGGAAGACGCUGCUGCCGCACCCACCGACCCGGAUGUCGACGUGUCACAAUCGGGCGUCGCACAGCUCGACUCGUCCGUCGACAACAUCACUGCCGCCGAUCUCUGCUUCUCGCUCCAGGAGCACAUCUUUUCAAUGCUCGUCGAAAUCACCGAACGUGCCAUGGCGCACAUUGGAUCCAAAGAGGUGCUCAUCGUGGGAGGCGUCGGCAGCAACCAGCGUCUCCAACACAUGAUGGGCGUCAUGGCCAGCGAGAGGGGCGGCAGCGUAUUUGCCACCGACGAAAGAUUCUGCAUCGACAACGGCAUCAUGAUCGCACACGCCGGUCUCUUGAGCCAUCGCAUGGGCAUCGACACCAGCCUCGAGAAGAGCACCGUCACACAGCGUUUCAGGACCGAUACGCCUAACAUCGCCUGGCGGGCUUCGUUGGCGUCGAUCGAGGGCGCGUUUCACCACGCUGCGACCAUGAGUCAACCACCGCUGGCGUCGUCGCAGCAGCAGUCUGCUUCGGCUGGCAACUACCCUUCGGCAUCAUCGACGCCCGUCACUAUCUCCGCUGCUGCGUCUGGGUCUGCGUCGGCCACUUCGACCCCUUUGCUCGGCCAUGGAUCGCUUUCAGCUGGGAGUCCGGCUUCCAAUCUCCUGUCAUCCUCACCCCACACGGGCGGCUUCGCCUCGGCAGCGACGUCUCCAGCAUCGAUAGCGUUAACUGCUGCCCACUCCUCGCAGCCGUAUGCAUCUCCUGCGCAGAGCACCGCAUCGUUUCGAAGGCUCGUGUGGGAGGGCUCAGUGCCAAUAUGUGUCUCGAUCGAUCCGACGGACCUGCCGCCCGGCUCGGAUUCCUCGGUCGAUUCGACCUACCUCGUCGUACCACGCGUCAGCUACUUGCCCCUCAUCGUAGAUGAUGUCAAGAAGAAUCUCCUCGAACUUGCACUUGAGCAGCCAGCGCUGAAUAGCCUCAACGACAAGGAUAUCUGGUUUGAAUACGAAGGCCAGCCUCUCCGUUGGCACUGGCAGAUCGGCCUUCUCUACGACUUCCACACUGCAAACCCAGCACGCACUGCCGUCGCUUACACUUCGUCAGCAUCAAGCACUUCGGGUCUGGGAUCUUUGCGACCCGAAUCGAGCACGCAGCCAUCUAGCUCUUCGGUGGAGUCGGCCUUGCAGCCACCCAGGCUCCCGUGGAAGAUCCGCGUGCGCUUGUCCAAACCGCCCACCGAGCGGCUCCACUCCAAUGCCGGAGUCGAGUCAUGCAAGACUUCGUUCAUGUCUAUGAUCAAAGAGGCCGACUUUGUCCGCUAUGGCUCCACCAAGAAGGUGGUCAAUCUCCGCAAGCAGGAGCAGGAUACGCUAUGGGACGGCGUCGUCGCCCACGACUACGAGCUCUUCUGGAGUGUCGCCCAAAAGCUCGUUCCGAACGCAGCUAUAAUCGGCACUCAAACCGGCACAGCGACGGCGACGGCAGGCCGGUCUCCCAUCGCCUCACGUGCACAGUCACUCAACCUUGGAGGCGGCGCACACGACGAGCGGUCGACAACUUUGGCCCAGCGUAGCUUCACUUCACAGCCAAACGAGAGCGAGGCUAGCUUGGCCCCGAGCAUGGCUUCGACCAUCACGAGCACAACUUCCUCCGACCCACCCGCGGACAGCGGCACUGCGACACCCAAUGCGAACAAUGCGGUCCGAAGUAUACCCCUCCGCUUCUUCCUGCCGGACAAUGCGCCCAUCGUGCAGGAACCGGUUCCACCCAUGCUGGAGGAUGGCCGUGCAAACACGCUCGGCGCGGUACUGUCGGCCUUGUUCCCGCUCAUGUUCCCCCCGCCGCCGAGCUUCAGCAGCUUCCAGGCACCCUCACCACCGCUGGCGUAUGCACUCGUACAGGGCGUGAGAAUGCCUCUCGACGCCGAGAUCGCUUGGCUCGGAAGCGCCUUCCAGGGACAACAAGGGCAGCAGCCGGGCCAGCAGAAUGCAUCUGCGCCUGGUCAGCAGCUUGCGAACAACCAGAUGCCGCCAGGAGGUCCGCAAACGGCAGCGCAGGCCGCGCAGUAUAAAGCUGCGCUCAUCCAGCAGCAGCAGAUCCAAGCCAUGCGUGCCCAGGCACUUGCGCAGCAGCAACAGCAGCAAGGUCAGUCGUCGGCGCAACCGCAGCAACAACCACAACAGCAGGCGGCCCAAGCCGGCAACCUGCAGGCUCUCCAAGCUCUUGUGCAGAACAACCCGCAGGGUCUGGCAGCGCUUUUUCAGGCUGCUCGUGAAGGCAAAAUCAGCCCGGAGCAGCUCGCUCAGCUCAAGGCGUUCAUCGGUGCGCACCAACAGGCGCAGCAGCAGCAAGGAAGGCCGCCUCAGCAGCAACCCAACCAGCCGCAGCAGCCGCAACAGCAUCAGCAAGCCCCGCAACAGCAGGCACCGAUGAACGCGCAGCUCGCGCAGCAAAUGCGACCACCCCAGCCCGGACAACCGCAGCAACCUGGACAGCCCAACAUGCAACAGGCUCAAAUGACCGCCGCCCUGCAGCAGCAGCUCCAGCAGCAGCAGCAGCGCAACGCGCAAAACGCACAGCCGCAGCAGCCGAAUCCGGCGCUUGCGCGACCGCCUCAGGGAGCUGGAGCGCCGGGGCAGCCGCAAGUCCCUCAGACGGAGCAGGCGCUACUGGAGCAGUUCAACCGCAUCGCGCAGCCGUUGCGCAUGAAGGUGCAGGCGCUCGAGAGCGCGCUCAACAAUCCGAACCUUAAGCCCGAGGAGCGUCAGCAGUGCCAGAAUGCGCUGCAGGAGACACGCAACCAGCAAGCAGCGCUUGCCAAGCAGAUCCAGAUCGUGCGCGAGAGCUUCCGCCAGCAACAGUCGCAGGCGCAGGCGCAGCAGGCUGCGGCAGCUGCAGCGGCGGGUGGCAAGCCGCCUACACCCGUGCAGCAGGCUGCCCAGGCACAGGCGGCCGGUGUGAGCGCGGCUACGCCGCAGAGUGCUAGUCCCGCGCCUGCGCCUGCGCCGACGUCGGCAGCGACGCCUGCUACGCCGGUACCGGCUGCAGCGGCAGGGCCCAAGGCAGGCGCCAACAGCGCGGCCAAGCCGACGCCCAAGCCACCAGCGAAGAGCAAGGCCGCGCUGAAGAAGGAGAAGGAGGCCAAGGAGAAGGAGGAGAAGGAGAAGGCGGCCAAGGAAGCAGCGGCCAAGGAGGCCAAGGGUAAAGGCGCGGCGGCCAAGGGCAAGGCUGCGGCUUCUCCCGCGCCAGCAGCCGGUGUGGGCGCUGCGAAUGGAGCAGCUAAGCCGUCGCCUGCCGCCACUGGUGGUGCAGCAGGUGCCAGGCCUGGUGUGCCCGUGCCUGGUCCGGGUCCAGCGGGUGCGACAGCCACAACGCCGACUGCAGCCACGCUCGGUGGCACACCUGUUACGGCCAUGUCUGCGGCUGCAGCGUCGUACGCGAACGUUGCCAUUCCGCCUGUCCUCAAUGUGUCGACGAGCAGCGCGCCCGAGCCGUAUCCGAACCCCUCCGGCCCGCGCGCGAGUAUGACACAAGGACUGGGUGUUGCGCCUGUGAUCGGCACACCCGCGAUCCUGACGCGUCCGAAUCCCACCGGUCCGGGCUCUUCCGACGAUACUGCGCUCGACGAUUUGCUGGGUCUGCCCUCGCGUCCAGCCCUUGCUACCGCCGACGAGCUUCUCGGCCUGCCAGCGGGUGACGAUCCGUCCGCCGACGUUGCCUCUGCUGCAGUCGCAACAGCCUCUGCCGUCCUCUCCUCCUCCGCACCUGCAGCGAGUGCCGUCCAAAAUUCAAACGGCAUCCUGACAAAGAGGAAGAUCGCCGACCUCAUCGCAGAGCUCGACAGCACAGAGAAACUCGAUGGCGCAGUAGAGGAUCUGCUGCUCGAACUCGCGGAUGAGUUCAUCGACUCCGUCACCGCCAUGGCUUGUAGACUCGCAAAACACCGCAGAGCCGAUAAACUCGAAGUCAGAGACGUCCAGCUCCACCUCGAGAGAAAUUGGAACCUGCGCGUUCCCUUCCCCGGCGCAGUCCCCAUCCCGCCCCCACGCACCAAGGUCGCCCCCGCGACAACGUCCGCCACUGCACCAAAGUGA